AUGGCCCGCGGCCCCGCCGCUCGGCGCCCGCCCCGGCCCCGCGCUCCCUCGGCGCGUCCUCCCGCCGCCGCCGCCGCGGCGGCGGCUACUCCUCCUCCGGGCGGGGGGAUCGGGCGAGCGGGUGGAGCUGGGGGUGCAGUGGCGGGGUCGCCGCGGGCUCUCGAGCCACUCGCUCGGCCUCCCCCGAGCCGCUCAGUCAGCGCCGCUGCCCGGCCGGCAUCGCUUCCUCGCGCGUCCCGCGCCGCUCCGUGCCGCGCUCCGCUGAGCUCCUCGGCGGCCGCCACCGGCCCGUCCGCGCUCCUCGGGAGCCCCGCGCCGCCCGCCGCACCAACGCCCGCCCCGAGCAGCAGCAGCAGCAGCAGAGGCGGGAACAGCGGCAGCGACAGCGACAGCGACAGCGGCAGCAGCAGCAGCAGCGGCGGGAACAGCGCCCGCCGCGGCCGUGCCGGCAGCUGGGCCUCCGCGGGGCCGGGGCGGCUGCUGCUUUUGAACGGGGUUCUAGUUCUUGCAAUCCAGUAUUUUGACAUAAAUUUAGACACAGUCUGCUCUCAAAUGUAA